AUGCCGGGAUUCAUGUUGUUCACCAAAAGGUGGGGACUGUUCCAUAUUUCAGGGCUGAUGCCUGUGGAUUACAACGAAGACGCCUUUGCAGGCCUCGUUCUACCUCCAAAUACCAAGAAGACUUUUUCAUCUCUGAUCGAACUACAGAAGGAAGGCUCGCUAGAAUUUGAUGAUAUGAUCGCCGGCAAUGGGGAGGGCCUGAUAAUACUUCUACAAGGACCGCCUGGCGUGGGCAAAGCAUUUACUGCAGAGAGCAUCGGGGAUUUUUCCAAACGGCCGCUCUACACACUGGGCAAACAAGAUUUUGGUUGCUCUUCUCUCAAUUCAUAUAAGUCAUUGACAGCCGCGCUUGCAAGGGCAUCAAAGUGGAACUCGAUUGUGCUACUCGAUGUAGCUAAAUAA